CUUUUACUCAAUAAUACAACGUGCAUGCACUUGACAGGACUGAUGUGAUUUUUUUUGCUUCUGUCCGUGGUUUCAUAUUGAAAAAAAAAUAAUAUUCCUCAUCCAAAAUGCAGUUAAUUUGUCGGAUAGAAUGCACAGGGUUUAAUACUUCUUUUGCUAUGACAGAUUUAGGAAUAUUUGGACAGCUUAAACAUGUUAAACAGAAUUAUCGCGACGCCAUGGCGACUGCAAAGCUUGGGAAAAAACACCUACUGGAACCGUCUGGAGGUGGUCCUCCAGCGAAGAAAGGCCAUUGGAGUUUAGGGCUAAAAGAUUCCAUGAACGACCCCAGCAAGCAGGUGCAGGAGGAUGACAGAGUGGUCGUCAUCAAAGAUAAAUAUCCCAAGGCAAGAUAUCACUUCUUGGUGCUUCCCAAAGAGAACAUAAGUAAAUUGAAGGCCCUGAAAGCAGACCAUUUGGACCUGCUGAAACACAUGCAUGAAGUUGGGCAAAGAGUUAUCGAAGGGGCGAUCGGGGAAGAAGGACUCUCUUACAGACUUGGCUAUCAUGCUGUACCAAGCAUGAGCCAUUUGCAUCUUCAUGCUAUCAGUCAGGAUUUUGAUUCUCCGUCACUAAAAACAAAGAAACACUGGAACUCCUUCACGUCAGCAUACUUUGUUGACUCCAAAGAAGUCAUGGAUCAGUUGGAGACAGAAGGCAAAGUUGACACCUCGGCUAAGAAUCCUGAGGCAUUACUCAAACUGCCGCUCAGGUGUCAUGUGUGCAAGAAGGAGCUGGCGACUAUGCCCAAACUGAAAGAACACAUUGUCACUCACAUCAAGAAAAGAUGACCACUGGCUUAGGCUUGGGGUGAUGCUGCCGAGGAAGUUCUGGGAGGGGGCGGGAAGCAGGGGAGGGGAAGUGAUCGGAUGUUGGGUUUGGCUUUUGCUAUGACAAGAAGACUUCAAACAACCAACAUUUUUGUUUGCAGAAAAUCCCUUUUUCAUUGACUGUACUCCAUUAUCUAAAAAUGUCCAAAGUAAACAACAUGGAAAAAUCCAAAAUUUCCUCCAAAACUUUUAUUCAAAAACUAAAAAAAUUUCUGUACAAGAAUUAGUACAUCUCUGUUAAUACUUCAUUAAAUAUUACAGUUGUGAGUAGUUUGAGAAAAAUAUUUUGCAUACAUUGAUUUAUUUUAAUAUACUAUAUACUAUAUACAGUGUACAUGAUAUGGGAGACUGCUUUCAUCAGAUACUUGGAGAAUAUCAAUGUUAAUCCCUGUGGAAUUGUUUUCAUCACCUUAUGGAAUCCAGCGUGAUUAUCAUCUGGGGGAAAGUCCCCCUGGUGUGACCUGGUGUGACCAACAUAAGUCAAAUUAAUUUGACUGUCCAAUUUUUACUCUUGAUUAUGCAUGGCAAAUAAAGAAAAGGGGAAAACUGCAUGAAUGGCAACAUCUGGGUCAAAGACGGUAGAAUCCAGGUGAACGGCUCGCUUCGCUGUGGCUCAGUUGGGUACUAUCCCCCACCACAGGAAAUUCAGAACCAUUUAUAGGACCUACAUUUAAUCUAAGCAGCACUCAAACCAAUUGCACAAUCAGUGAGUGACUGGGUGUUCGACUGGAUCACAGUGGACUUGAGUCCAAUAAAUUGGAUACACGUCAUCAGAGUACAAAAGCCAUCAGGUGACGUGUGUGCAUAAGCAAUCUUGUGGUCCAUACUUCGGCACAAAUAUUGCUCUACAUUUGGCAUGCAACUCGUAGUGCUUUGAGGGAUUUUUUGGGAACUGAAGUGACUUGGACAAAGUUCCUCUACCUUAUGCGAGGGUACUUGUGUAGAUAAAAGAUUCAAUUUUUUGUUCUGAUUGAAUAUCGAAAGUUGAUGCGGUCGUGUACAUUCAGAAAUAGCUACGGUUAUUGUCACUAAAAAUGACACCAUGAAUUUCAUUGAUCAGCUAAGGACAGUGUGGAAGGAGUGGCUAACCUAUUGCGCCACAAGACCUUGACGUCACUGGGUAAACGUUUUGUUCAAGUGCCUUGUUGACUGACCUGAUAUCACACUAUCUUUGGCGUCACUUCCCACGUGUUGGAAUUCAGUAUCUCAGUUCCAGUCUUUGAGUAAAUAUUUGUCAGACUGCAAAGUGGAUAUUUAUUUUGCAGAAAUAUAAUCUCCCUGCAAGAAAUAAAGUUCUUUAAAAU